UUUUUGAGACAGCUGAGGGCCCAUCAUCUCCUGUGCUUACAGCAGAGCCCGUGAUGCCUCUCAUCCUUAUCGUGAUGACCUCGAAAGGGUCAGGCAGGUCCCUGCAGAGCCAAGGAACCCCUUUUUCCCGGCCGGGGCCAGGGGGAAGCGCUGAGUUCCCAGCUCUGCCUCUUUCUCAAGCUUUCCCCGGCCGCUGCCCGGGUUUCCCUGGAGAGGGCAGCCGAGCACCGCUGAGCCCCGAGCCGCAAACGGUGGCCAAGGGGGAAGGAGGCAAAGCAGGAUUUUGGAGAGGACGGGAUGUAACUGCUCGUGAUCCCACCGAAUGAGGCAACUGGGAGGGAAAGUUGAGUUCCCAGCCGGAAAAGCGAGUUGCUGGUGCUGGGAUGGGGCUGUGGGGUCGCUCUGGGGGUGGCAGAGCCAGGUAAGGAACAUCCAAGAGCUAAAGAUCACUUUCCUCAGCUUCGGGACAAAAAGGACCUCCAGGUAUUCCUUCACUUCCAAGGCUCCCCACUACAGCCCGUAUGGCCUGCAUCCAACCACAAUGUGGCCAAUUCCUCUGGGGUUUGGGGCGAAUUUGCCUCUCCCCGGUUGUCCCUGGUGUCCCUCGGCAGCUGUCCCCGCUUGCCAGCACAACCCAGCCCCAGGCAGCUGCUGCCCAGCCGAGGGGGAAGUGGUCACUGGGGGAAGGAUGGAUGAGAGCAGGUACAGCAGCGACCACAACCUCUGCAGCCCCCGGCCCUUCCUGACCACAGAGAUUGUGUAACUGAAGACCUUAAGCCAUUUCCCUUCCACCUGCAGAGAGAAAAUCACCUCGUUCCUGUGCACAGAGGAAUUCAGGGACUCAGGUGAGGUUUGUGCUGCUCGAGGAGCUGCAGGCACGCACAGCAGAUUUCUGAGCUUGCCCUUAGACCUGCACACAGCCGGGUGCAUCCAGAUUUUUCCACGUCUGCCUCCUAGCUUUUUUCCUCCCCAUACUUUUCCAUGCUCCCAGAGAAAUCAGGAGGAGAACCUGAAUGUCUCUUGCCUCAAACUCUGCAGUUACACGGAGAAAUGAUAGGGACUGGGAGGAUUGUUUCAGCGAGCCAGAGGGUUUGGGUGGUUGUAGAUGUGGCACGAGCAGGCAGCAGAACACAACACCCAGAGGAGAAGGGAGGAAGGAAAGAAAACCCGACACACGUUCUCCAAAAGAGUGUGACAGAGAACAAGGAAGCAGAGGAAGGAUUCACACUGAUGGAUUUUCAACCCAGGGGAAUAAACCAGAAUGGUUCAACAAACCCAGGCGAAACCAGAAGUGCUGUGAGAGGAGAGGGAAGCAGGCGCUGUCCACAGCUGCACCAACUGCCCUGAGAGCCGGAGGGAUGGGAAGCCCCUGAACAACCGUGGGGAGAGCAUCUGAAGAAGUGCAGGAGGCAGCAGAAGGCUCUCUGUGAGCUGCCAGCUCCAGGUAACACCAUGGAUACCUGCAGGAUACCUGCAAACACCUCCAAGUGCAGCGGGAACACCAUGGAGUGCUUCAUGGUGCUCAGCACACAGGCACAGAAGAUAAGCAUUGGCAUCCUGUGCGGCCUCUUUGGGACAAUGUGCGUUUUUGAGAACUCCUUGGUGCUCUACCUGAUCUUCUCUUCCCCCAGCACCAGGAAAAAGCCUUCCUACCUCUUCAUAGGCAGCCUGGCCCUGGCUGACAUCCUGGCCAGCAUCAUCUUUGUCUGCAGCUUCGUGAACUUCCACGUGUUCAACGAGGCUGGUUUUUCCAAGGAGGUGUUCCUGCUGCAGCUGGGAGGGGUGAACACGUCCUUCUCCGCCUCUCUCUGCAGCCUGCUGCUCACAGCCCUGGACCGCUACAUCUCCAUCAGCCGGCCCUCGGAAUACAAGCUCCUGAUGACCAGGAAAAGGGCCUGGACAGCCCUGGCGGUGCUCUGGGUGACCUGUGCCACCAUUGCUUGCCUGCCCCUGCUGGGCUGGAACUGCUGCGCGCUGGAUUCCGCCUGCUCCGAGCUGUUCCCCUUCGUGGAUGACAAUUACCUGGCGGGCUGGAUCUGCUUCGUCGUGGUCCUGCUGGGCUGCAUCGUCUACGCCUAUGUCCACGUGCUCUGGAGGGCUCGCCAGCACGUGGCCUACAUGGAGAAGCACCAGGCACAGGUAGGGAAGCAAAACACCCGGAUGAGGAUGGACGUGAUGCUGGCCAAGACCCUGGUGAUGGUGCUGGCUGUCCUCACGCUCUGCUGGUCGCCCGUGCUGGUGCUCAUGAUCUACAGCGUCUUCGCCAGGCUGAGCGACCACCUGCGCAAGGUGUUCGCCUUCUGCAGCACCCUCUGCCUGCUCAACUCCAUGGUGAACCCCAUCAUUUACGCCCUGCGGAGCAAGGAGCUGUUCUCCUCGCUGAGGAGGGUGUUCUCCCACUUCAGGAGGCAGCUGAAGGCGGCUGAGGAGAGCCCAGAAGCUGAGAGCACCCACAAAUCAUCCGUGAUAGAGACCGUCUGCGAGGACACGCGCGCGAUGUAGGGAGGCAGCGGUGGGAAAUGCACACCCUCAGGCUGGAAGGAACUGCCUGGAUCACUUUUCAUGUUCUUUUCACUUCUGGUGGCAGUUGAGGGAUCAGCUGUGAUAUGGAGACAGCUCCUGCUGAUGUCACCCUUUGACGCUGGGACAUAAAGUGCACAGACUUUGCUUCAGGCCCAGGCUGGGAUUGUUGGGGUGUCCUGUGCAGGGCCAGGAGUUGGACUGGAUGAUCCUUGGGAUGUCCCUUCCAGCUCAGGAUAUUCCAUGAUUCUGUGAUAAUGUCCCACCAGGGAAGGUUCAGCUUGCAGGAAUUUCAUCAUGGAAAAGGUGGUCAGGCUGUGGAAGGGGCUGCCCAGGGAGGUCUGGAGUCCCCAUCCCUGCAGGUGUCACCUGCACGUGGCACUCAGUGCUCUGGGCUGGUGACAAAGUCGGACUGGGCACAGCUUGGACUCGAUGGUCUGGGAGGGCUUUUCCAACCUCAGAGGAACGUUCUCACUGUGCCUUAAGGAUUUGGCCAGAUCUGGGGCAGACAGGAACUUGCAGGCAGCACAUUUCUUCCAGCAGAAUUCAGGAGAACUGAUCUAACCACACACGUGUUCCUUGGAUGUUAUGUGAUUAAACAUAUAAGCCAUUUU